GUGCUGUCCUGAGGACCCGUUGUGCUGCAAUAAUCCACGCGGCCUGCGGUGGGGCUGUUUUGUGAGGAGCUGCUGGCUGGUAGCCGGCUGCCAGCAGACAAGUGACGGCGCUUCAGCGCUCAUCCUCAGGGUAGGAUGAGUGCAAGUGGACUGAAUGCAUUGGUACGGAGCCUGUAUGCACUGCAGGAGGAACGUGUUGAAGCUUAUCGGCUUUUUGAUCUAGGACACCAGGCAUAUCUGCGUUCCGCUCCCAAUUAUGACUUCAUCCAAUAUCGGCAGCUCGUGCACGAAAUCACACAAGCGUUUAACCGGAUCUCAAAGGAAGUGAUCCAGCUCAAGGACCAGUUUCACGAGGAGUAUGAUCGUCCGGACCUCUCCGAGCACAUCGAAAGGAUACAGGAGCGGGAACGGGAGAAGCUGGAGUUGACAGCCCAGCUACAGCUUGCCAAACAGAACGUGUUGGACCAUCCGGGCAACGAGACACACCAGGAGGAGGCCCAGGAGUUGAAACACAGGAUUAAUAAAACCAUUGAAGCAAUUAACGAGAUUCUUCAAGACUUCAAAUACGAUUCUGAAGAGAUCGAAGCCAGUGAAUAAAAUGGUUCUCACCGGGGGUUACAGAUCUGUUUGGAGCUGCCUCGUGCUGGGUUUGUGCCUCUGACCAGACCUCAGCAUCAACACCUCUUGCAAUUUGCAAGAUGUCCCUGUUCCCCACAAACACCCGAGGCUGGAGUUUCUGCUGGUUUCACGUUCUCUUUGCCACUCGGUAGGAACUCUGUUGUCACAAAUCGGCCCUGCUCUCAAGGUGUAGCAAGGGAAAAAACAGAGGGAGACCUUUUUCCGGGAGGUGUCUGGAAUGACAUUCCCACUCGAGGGAGGAUCUCGAUUCGGGCUGUGCACCCCAAAGUUCAGCAAAGACUCACCAGAGACUCUAUUCUGUGAUGGGACCACUGAGCCAGCUGUUUGAUAACCUGCACAUACCAUUCACUCACUGUGUAAAUCUUCUGGAAGAAUAAAUGAUCAUUCUCCUUGUCAAGUAUUUUAAAAUG